AUACAUAGCAACACCACCUGUCUAAUUGAUUUCCUUGUAAAACCCUAGCUGGGUCACUAACAAGUCUCAAAUUUUUAGUCGGAUUGCAGAUCGGAGCAUAUCAAAAUCAGCUAAAAAGAUGAGACCAAUAUUGAUGAAAGGGCAUGAAAGGCCCUUAACUUUUUUAAAAUACAACAAAGAAGGUGAUCUCUUAUUCUCAUGCGCGAAGGACCACACCCCUACUGUCUGGUUCGCCGAUAACGGCGAGCGGUUAGGCACAUAUAGGGGCCAUAACGGCGCUGUUUGGUGCUGCGAUGUUUCAAGAGAUUCGAUGAGACUUAUUACUGGAAGUGCGGACCAGACAGCGAAAUUAUGGGAUGUAAAGACGGGGACUCAAUUGUACUCAUUUAAUUUUGACUCUCCGGCCAGGGCUGUUGAUCUUUCAGUCGGUGAUAAACUUGCUGUUAUUACUACUGAUCCUUUCAUGGAAUUGCCUUCUGCUAUUCAUGUUAAACGCAUUGCUAGGGAUCCUGAUAAUCAAACUGGCGAAUCGGUGCUUGUUCUUAAGGGCCCACAGGGAAGAAUUAAUAGAGCUGUCUGGGGGCCCCUCAACAAGACUAUUUUAAGUGCUGGUGAAGAUGCUGUAAUUCGCAUAUGGGAUUCUGAGACUGGGAAACUUCUAAAGGAGUCUGAUCGGGAAAUUGGACAUAAGAAGACUAUAACAUCACUUACGAAGUCUUCCGAUGGUUCACAUUUCCUUACUGGUUCUCUAGAUAAGUCUGCGAAGCUUUGGGACAUCAGAACGUUAACUCUUAUCAAGACCUAUGUGACAGAACGUCCUGUCAAUGCAGUCACAAUGUCUCCACUUCUUGAUCAUGUUGUUCUUGGAGGUGGUCAGGACGCUUCAGCCGUUACUACUACUGAUCACCGUGCUGGGAAGUUUGAAGCCAAAUUUUAUGACAAGAUUCUUCAAGAAGAAGUUGGAGGUGUGAAAGGUCAUUUCGGACCUAUAAAUGCUUUGGCAUUCAACCCUGAUGGUAAAAGUUUCUCAAGUGGAGGUGAAGAUGGGUAUGUGAGGUUACAUCACUUUGAUCCAGAUUACUUCAACAUUAAAAUUUAGAAUUGGCGCACAUACUUGUUUCCGAAUCUUGCUUUGCGAAUCAGAAAGAAGAAAAGGAUUUGGUAUUAGUAUGUUGAAGGAUUUUGUUGUUAAAAAUUACUAUAAUUAUGCGAAUGAUGACAAUUUUCCUUGUGUUGUAAGAACUGCAUGCACUUCUGAUUUUUGUGGAGGCAUCAGGAGUAGACACAAAGUUGCUGUUCCUUUUAACUGCAAUAUUUAUUUGCGAGAUCUCCUUGUACUAUUCCUGAGAUACGGCAGAGUUAGUUGUUCAUUUUUGGCUGCUUUAUGCCUUGACUUGCGGCCUCUUUCAAUAUCAUUUAGUGUUAUUAGAUUUAAUUUUA